AUGGCUGGUGCUUUUCGCCAAUGCUAUUUGCCAAUAGUAUUUAUCGCCAACGUUUUUUCGCCUAACUCGCCCACCUCCCGCGGUGCAUUUCAACCCUGCGAUUUCGCCACGUCGCAGGCCGUCCAUGUCAUCACGGAGCUAUGCGAAGGAGGCGACCUGUUUAAUCUCCUUGUAAUCAACGGCCGAUUCCCGGAGCGCACGGUGUCGCACGUGGUUAAGACGGUCGCCGAGGCGCUCGUUGCCUUCGAGCGCGUCGGCCUCGUGCAUAGAGACUUGAAGCUCGAAAACAUCUUCGUUUCCGAGAUAGCUAUCAAUUUCCCUCGCCCUUCAGUCCACUCCUCCCGCCCUUCAGUCAACUCGCCCCGCCCAUCAGCCAACCCGAAACCAGGGGGAGUAAGCUCUAAUGGAGGAGGAGGGAAUAAGAAUGGAAGGGGAAAUAAGCGAGGCGGGUGGAGUAAGGGGAACUGCACUAGAGACGAUAUUCCGAGCCCAAAGGCUGAUGCACAGGCUGAUAUACAGUCUGAUUCGAAUUCCGUCUUACGUAUUGAAAUACCUAAAAGGGCAGCAGCAGAAAUAGCAUCAACAUGGAGGGCAGGAUCAGCAGCAGCAGCAGCAGCAGCAGCAGCAGGAGCAAGAGCAGGGCCAGGGGAGAGGCCAGGAGCAGCAGGAGCAGGGGCAGGGGCAGCAGGGAGGGCAGGAACAGCACCAGGAGCAGCAGGGAGGGCAGGAGCAGGAGCAGGAACAGCAGCAGCAGGAGCAGGAGCAGGAGCAGCAGGGAGGGCAGGAGCAGGAGCAGGAACAGCAGCAGCAGGAGCAGGAGCAGGAACAGCAGCAGCAGGAGCAGGAGCAGGAACAGCAGCAGCAGGAGCAGGAGCAGGAACAGCAGCAGCAGGAGCAGCAGCAGGGAGGGCAGGAGCAGGAGCAGCAGGGAGGGCAGGAGCAGGAGCAGCAGGGAGGGCAGGGCCAGGAGCAGCAGAGAGAACAGGACCAGAAGCAAGAGCAGCAGCAGAAGUCCCUCCUGGUUGGCCAUUCCUCAGAUCUGCUUCUGACAGAGCUGCCAUGCAGCAUCAGAGUAGCCGGAUUUCUAGAGUCUUCCGCAAGUCAGCUUCCAUGCCUGCCGAAAGGAUAUCCCACGGCUCUAGGGUGCGUUCCGACCCUCUGAAACCGCGACUGGAAUCGACUCCGGGGUCGACUCAAAAGCUCUUUAUGGAUGCAGCUAGAGCUCAAGAGGACCCUCCUACGCCCCCCAUUGACUCCACUCCGGAGUUGCCUCAAAGACCCUUCAUGAAUUCGCACAUGGACUCGAGCAAGAAUUCCAACAUGGAUCCGAACAAGGAUGCGAGCAAGCUAUCCAAGAAUUUGGACAUGCAUUCGAGCAUAGAUUCGAACAUGAACAUGCCAUCCAAGUUACCCGAACCGGAUCCUGCUUCCAUGACCGAGUCACCUCAGAACGCAGAUGGUACGAAAGACAGGAAGACUUGUACAUGCAUCCGGGUCUCCUCUGGUGCAUCCAGUUUCCUGCCGGACCUCGCCCAUGCUGCGCCCACGACCACGCUAACUGGUACCCUCAAUGCUAACCAGGGUGCACCCAGGUCCACCCUACGUAAUAAGAAGACAGCACCGAAACCACCCAAGUCCAAUCUGCACCACCUGCACACCUCCUCGCAUUGUCUGCCGGAUAAACCGUCACUGGAGCAAUCAGCAGUAAUACCCUCCGGAACGCUUGUGGAGAAGCCUCUUCCUGCUGGACGCUCGGUGCGAAUGAUUAUGGGCCACACGAUUCAGCAGCCGGGGGGGAUCAACGCCACUUGUAAAGGGAAGGCUAUUAGAGUGGAUGUUGGGAUGUCAGAGGGGUGCGGAGGGGCAGAAGCGGAAAUUUUGGAGAUUCGGAAGGAUAGAGAGGUGUGGGUGGUGCGGGCAGCAGAGGAAGCUGCUGGGAAGCCUGCUAAAGCGCAUGUGCUGGCUGGGACUGAAGUGCCUGUAGAUAAGCACGGGUUCUGGCGGAAGCUGAGGGAAGCAAUGGUAACAAGAGUGGCAUAA